AUGUCCUUCGCCAUCCCACGCAACGUACCCAAUUUCGAGAGCGCGCAACGCAAGUUUGAGGAUAAUGUUUGGAGCAAAAUCCCCGGAAACGAGAAGGGCUUGCCAAUGUACAAAGAUAAGCCUUCAGGCAAGGUGUACGGUUAUGGUGGGGCGAGGGGGAGGAGAGGCUUCAUGAGGAGCAAGAGGGGGAUGGGGUUGGUAGCGUUGGUCAUACUGGGCCUCUUGUAUUGGUUUGGAUGGUCGAGUGAAGGGACAAGCGUCAUAGCAGAAGAAAAGGACAAGGGCAAGAGCUUGGCAUCAAACAUGGGCGGAAGCGUUACUGGGAAGAAAAAGAAGAAGAUAGACUGGGACAAGCGGAGAGAAGCAGUCAAGGAUGCCUUUUUGCUGAGUUGGAACGCAUACGAGGAGCAUGGCUGGGGCUACGACGAAUACCACCCUGUUUCCAAAAAAGGACGGUACAUGGCUGAGCCCAAUGGCUUGGGUUGGAUUAUCGUGGAUGCGCUCGACACUCUCAUGAUCAUGAACUGCACAAAGGAAAUCAACCACGCGCGCGAAUGGAUAUCGACGAGUCUCGACUACGACAAGAAGCAGGACGUCAACACGUUCGAAACCACGAUUCGCAUGCUCGGCGGUCUGCUGUCCGCACAUUACCUGCAGGAUACCCUCCCCGGCCUGAAACCAGCGAAUUCGAAUGACGAAGAUCUAUUCCUAGAAAAAGCCACUGAUCUCGCCGAUCGCCUCAUGGGCGCAUACGAGUCACCUUCCGGUGUACCCUGGGCCAGUGUCGUUCUGAGAGACGCCAAAGGCGAAGCCUCGCACGCCGAUGGCGGUGCGUCUUCCACGGCCGAAGCAACUACUCUCCAACUCGAGAUGAAAUAUCUAGCUUUCUUGACCGGCGAAGCCCACUACUGGGAGGUAGCGGAGAAAGUAAUGCAGGUCGUCGACAACAACGGCGCAAAAGACGGUCUUCUUCCCAUCUUCAUCUACGCAGACAAGGGCACUUUCCGCGGCAGCGAGAUCCGAUGGGGUAGUCGUGGAGAUAGCUACUACGAAUACCUCCCUAAGCAGUAUCUCCAGACCAACAAACAGGAGCCUGUAUAUCUGGACAUGUGGAAGGAGUCGCUGAACGGCGCAAAGAAGCACCUCCUUACCUACACAAAGCACAGCCACUUCACCGUCCUGGCGGAGCUGCCAAGCGGCAUAGAGGGUAAACUGUUCCCAAAAAUGGAUCAUCUCGUCUGCUUCCUCCCCGGUACCAUAGCCCUAGCAACUACUGGCGGCGCCACCCUCGCCGAAGCACGCAAGCUCCCUACAUGGGGCAAGGAACAAGAAGAAGAUAUUACACUUGCACGUGAACUUACCAAGACGUGCAUGGGCAUGUACAAGGUCACCGCCACCGGUCUUGCCCCCGAGAUCGCCCACUUUGAACUUGACGAUCCACCUAAGAUGUACCGUACAGAGAUCCUAGCGUCGAAAUCUGAACUCGACACUGAUGUGCCUGAAGGCGAGGGCUGGAAGAGUGACUUUAUCAUCAAGCCUGCGGACGCACAUAACCUCCAGCGACCGGAGACAGUUGAGAGCUUGCUGUACAUGUGGCGUAUCACUGGUGAUGACAUUUACCGCGAGUGGGGCUGGGAUAUGUUUGAAGCAUUUGUCAAACACACCAUUGUGGAGGACAACGGUGGCUUCUCUAGCGUGGGCGACGUGACGAAGGUCCCCCCGCCGACGAGGGAUAACAUGGAAAGCUUCUGGCUUGCCGAGACGCUGAAAUAUAUGUACCUUCUCUUCAGUCCAAACGACCUUCUCCCACUGGACCAAAUUGUUCUCAACACAGAGGCUCAUCCCUUCCCCCGCUUUGACGCUAGCAAGAAGCGCUUCAAGACUGGGUGGGAGCGCAUUCCGCGCGACGAAAAGGGCACUCUCGUGCCCAAGAAAGCCGAGGAGGCCAAGAAGACGAAAUAG